GAUAAAUUCGACAAGAAUCUUGUCUACUGGCUAUACUGCUCUACUGCAAUGUGUGCAUGCAUGCAUGUCAGAUGCUAUUGAAUUUGUAAACGUAUAAGCCUACCAAAGGCAAAAAGUACAUUAGUUUGAAGUUCGACGGUAGACAACCAGACGCCAUUUUGAUUGCACGAAUUACGGUUAGAUAUUGAUGGAUUGUUCUUCUUCGGUCAACGUUUACAUUUUCGAAAGAGUGUCUACGUGGUCAGCUUUCUGUGAGAAUUUACAUCGCAAAGGUCAGAAUAGCAGCUUAUAUACGUGAAUUGAAUUUUGAAUGGUCGGCAUUCUUUAAAGGUUACGUACAAGAUGGCCCAUGCAUCAUCCCAACCAUGUUUGAUCAGCCCCGCCGAAGUCGUCGAAAACCUGACGUACAAUGAGCUCAUACCCGCCGUGGAACAAGGUCUUGGGAAUUUUUCUAAAAGGAACGAAGAAGGAGGGGGAGGAGGAAUAUAUCCACAGAAAACCAGAAUGGACAUUGAAGAGCAUAAUGGGGUUGUGUCGGUCAUGUCUGGUUUCAGUCCUGUUGGUAAUGUCAUUGUAACAAAGAUUAUCAAUCGUUACGUAGACAAUCCUGAGCACAACCUCCCCUUACAUGUCGGAAUGAUCAUUCUGCAUGAUGCCCGGACCGGAGAAUCCAAAGCCGUAAUGGAUGCAGAGCACAUUACUGCUAUGAGAACCGCCGCAGCAUCAGCCGUAGCUACAAAGUACCUGGCGAAGGAUGGCUGGCAGACGUUAGCAAUUCUUGGAGCAGGGUCCCAGGCCGUGUCUCACCUUCAUGCCUUGAAGCAUAUGACGACAAUUAGGGAGGUACGAGUUUGGACAAGAUCCUCUGAGAAAUGCCAGGCUUUUGCCCAAAAGUUUGAUGUAAAAGCAUGUGAAACAGCUCAAGAGGCAGUUACUGGCGCAGAUGUUAUUGUCACAUGCACUUCUUCUAAAACUCCUGUGUUGGAGUCUAGCUGGCUGAAACCGGGUGCUCACAUAAAUUGUGUUGGGGCCUGCCAACCAUGGGCUCAGGAGUUGGGCGUUGAGGUGAUGAAGAAGGCUGUAAUCUACGCAGAUAACACUCCAGGGGCAUAUCAAAAUUCUGGGGACAUCGUCCAUUCCAAGGUGACGGUGUUUGCAGAGAUUGGAGAGGUGAUUAAUGGGACCAAGGAAGCCAAAAGAGAUGAGCUUACGGUCUUCAAAUCUCAAGGAUUGGCUGUUGAAGAUGCUGUAGCAGCAAAAAUCGUCUAUGAUAAAGUGAGCGUUCUAAAGGACAUGAAAUUAUAAUAAAUAAAACCAAUCGAUGGUGAUGUUUCAAGGAUAGGCUUGUAAUCUUCCAAAAAUCAAUUUGCUGAAGACAAGUUGUCAUGAUUAUUCGAACAUUUAUAGGGAAAUUGUGCUGCAUAUAUAAAUUAAAUUUAUAAGGAAAUACAUACAUGUAUUGUAUUUAUUAAACUUUAUUGGUGUAUAUCAAUAUUCUGUUUAUAAACAUAUAAAUCAAUUUACAAUGCAACAUGUAUCAUUUAAUUAGUUUUGAGAUGUGUAUUAUGUCGACUUCUGUUUUUCUAACAAGUCCAUGUUUAUUCAAGGCACUUACUUACGUUUUCUGAUGAGUAUAAUUUUUAGUGGAUUAAUGAAGCAUUGUAUUUAAGAUGAGUGAUUACUAUUACACAUUGGGUUUUAAAAGCAUAAGUUUAACAAAAUUGUUUUUGUUUCUUCUUUUUUUUUCCAGAAGGGAAAAAA